CAGUCCCAUUCCAUCCAAUUGAAUGCAGUCAAGAAGCGGCCGCCAUUGGUGUUUGGGACUUAACCUACCUUUCAUUAGUACAGGGUUGCGCGUACAGCGACUGAAGAAACUUGAUGGACGCGUAGAGGCCCUUGAGGCUUACGUUGCCCCCACGGUCACCGACCGGGUCAAUCCUCCAAUCCAUCUUUUGGUUUUCUAAGAAUGCUUCACAGCAAGCUCUUUCAUGUUAUAGGUGUCACUCCACCGGAAGAAAUUAAGGAGUCGAACUCCAAAGCCACAGGCAUCAGUACAAGGCUUGCGCUUGUCUUCCUUCUGAUUAAGAGCUUUCCUUUUUCCAUACACAACUCGCUCCUCUCCUGGUCGACAUAUUGAACCAUUUCUCGCAAGUCAGAUGAAGGCUUUCUUCUUCUGCUCCUUCUUGUUGUCCUGCUUCAACCCAUCCUUUACAGCAGCAGACAGCCCAGAAUACAGGGACUGUGCCCCGGCGUCCUGCAAUGGCAUCGACGUCCAAUAUCCCUUCUCCCUUUACGCCUCCACACCAGGGACGAGUUGUGGGAUCCCUGGUCUGAAACUCACCUGCGAGGGGCACAAGGCCGAUGCCCUUCUCUCCCUGAUUACGCCCACGGAUCUCAAGUUAAUUGUCAAAAGCAUCAACUACACGACUCAGACCAUCAAGCUGGCCAUCGACCGCAACCUUUUAGUUGUCAAGAACCAGUGCCCGAUUCCCUCCAAGAAUAUCACCCUUUCCGAUAUCACCAAUUCCGAUGGUGGACCCAUCCUCAGCGUGGCUACAAAUUACAGAAUGGGGACCUUCUUCUUCGGAUGCUCUACCAAACCUAUUGAUAUCUCGAACUACAAUUUCACUUCCAGCCUCGUCUCUGGGUGUUCUGACCCUGGCGCUGCCUUCUAUUCCUACGCCUUCUAUGACGACUCUUUCAACAAUCCCUCAGCUUCGUGGACCAGCUGCCGAACGACGCUGAGCUUCCCCGUCUUGAUAUCAUCUUCUUCUCACGACGCCGGGACCAUGUGGACGUCCUUGACCGAGGGGUUCGACGUGGUUUGGAGGGUCAAUAGUAUGGGCGACUGCCUCGGCUGCACCGCCUCAGGUGGGCACUGCGGAUACAACAUCACCGGCGACUUCUUUCUUUGCUUCCACCAGCACCAUGCAAUUGCAAUACCACUCGCUCGACGUUACGCCCCGGCAGUAUAUUCUCCACCUUCUCGACAGGCAUUCCAAAUUCAGCUUCUAGUAGGCUGGCUGGGAAGGCGACGAGAGUUACUAGGGCCUCCUCCAGCACCAAGCAGCAGUCUGACGCCUCCCCUGGCUCCUUCCCCGCCAAGCAGUCCUACGCCUGUAAAAGGAAGCAAUCUGACGGGCGCCAGUCCAAACAGCCCUUCCCCGCCAAGCAGUCGUCCGCCUGUAACGGAUUCGCCUCCUUCCCCGCAAAUCAGUGUGCAUCCUCGCCACCCCGCAAGCAGUCUUCCGCCUAAAAGCCAGUCGCCUCCUUCCCCCCCAAGCAGUCUGCCUCCUCCCACCCCAACCAGUCUGCCUCCUCCCCCCCCCAAGCAGUCCUCCGCCUGUAAAGGAUUCGCCUCCUCCCCUGCCAAGUAGCCAUGAUGCGCCAAAGGCCUCAAAUGGUGGGUUGCUUUUGCUAGCCAUUCCAGUAACUAUUUCCCAAAGUUUAGGCUGUGCAGAUAGAGGCGACCUUGAACAGCUUCCCCCAAGUGAUCCCAGCCAUACCGUUUUCGCCUUUGUUCUAAAUCUGUUCUUAAAGUUUUCCAAAGCCGUUUACUACCCAUUUAGGAAACAGGUCGCAUUUAUCAGAAUCCAUCCACUACUUUCUAUUUCAUUUUUAGUGCGUAUCUUUCCGCCCAUCUUUCCACUAAACAUCCAACGCUAACUUGAAGAAGAACAUUUCGAACAGGUUUGGCUUCCCACAUGAACUUAAAUUGGGCUGGAUUUCUAAAAUCGAAUCUGAGUUGGACACCUGGAAACCAAUAAUUAAUCACAUGUGUUGAAGUUUGAACUUGGAUUUUGAAUUUGAAAGUAGAUGCAAAACCAUAUGCCUUGCAAAGAUUUUGAUGUAGAAAAUGAAUGUCUAUCAGCACACCCAAGAAUCUAUGACAAAUCAUCUCACAAGAAUGUCAUGUUAAUUGGUCAGGUUAUGUUUCUAGUUAGUUGAGGUCAGUGGGGUUUAGGCAUAAUUGGACGAGCCACCGGUAGGCGGCUAAUUUGGGUG